UUCUUUCUUUCUUUCUUUCUUUCAUUUUUUUAUUUUAUUUUAUUUUUAUUUUUAUUUUAAUGGAAUUUAAAAAGAUACUUAGUAAAGUACAUGAUAAAGUCACACAUACUUCAUCACCACAUACACGUCGACGUUCAAUAGGUGAUAAAAGAUUCAAUACAUUGAACCGUUGGCGUGAUAAAUGGAAUGAUCGUCCUCGUUUUUUUACUAACAAGCAUACAUCAUCAUCAUCUCCACCUAUUAUAUCAAAACGUCCUCAUUCUAUACAAAAUCAUCAACCUAUCAUCGAUCAUUAUGAACCUCAAAUACGAAGACGACCUGUUACAUUUAUACAACAGCAACAACAACAUCAACAACAUAGAUUAUCAGUACCUCAUGUAGUGGAUCAUUUACGAGCAACUUGUUAUACACCAACUACUUGUACUUUUUCAUCUACGGAAUAUGAUGACGAAGAUGAUGAUCAUUUUGACGCUGGUUCGUUUUACAAUAUCCCUCCUCCCAAUUUGCCACUUCAUCCUGUUGCCUGGUACAACAAUCCACUAGGAAAAAAUCUAUCUUCUCAACAUUCAACUUUUAUUCCUUGUUCACAAACUACCAAGUCUUCUUCUUCUAUAUCCUCUUCUUCCUCUUCUAUCAUUGGUUUACUUUCAAUCAAAGAAGACACAUAUUCAUCUGAUGAAACAUUACAACAUCCAGGUUCAUUAAUGAAUGAUGAUGAUCAUGAUGAUGCUGAAAAUGAAGAUCAUGAUGAUGAUGAGGAUGAUUAUCAUAAUAAUGCUGAAGAUGAUGAUCAUGAUGAUCAUGACGAUUCUGCUGCACUAUCAUCAUUAUCUGAUUACCAAGACCAAACACAUUAUCAUUUGGCUGUGAUGAACGUGGACAAUGUAAUGAAGACGAUGCGGGAACAUCAAUUGGAAUUACAAAUGGCACAAAUCAAAAUGGAAAAUCAACGAUUACAACAGCAAAUGGAUGAUAUGGCUAGUGGCACAUGGACUUCAACCAAUCAAUUAUUGCAAGAGAAUGAUCGCUUAGAACGACAUAUUCAACACUUACAACGACAACAACACUGGUUGCAUUCGAAACGUGAAUCUUAUCGCUUUGAUGAACAAGAAGCACUUCGACACACAAGAGCACAGCUUGGAUUAGUGGAAUUUUUGGAAGGUGAACCUGAUGUAAAGGCUGCACUAACUAGGUUCAAGAAAUUGUUGGCUUCUUCUUGUUGAAUGGAUAGACAGAGAGUUCUUUUUAGUGAUAGUAUCAUUAUUA